AUGGGCACAGGCGCAAGUGCGACCAUAGCCGAAACGGCAAAAAGCGUCUCCGAUGAUGACUUGAAAGCCGCGUUUAAGGAUGUGUCGGCCGCCGACAGGAUGAGAAUUGCAGCGGCUGCAGUUGACGGGAUUGACCAGUAUGGAGCUGUUGCAGAUGGCGGUGGAGUAGAAAGCCCCGGACUACCAGAAGCACCAGCAGAUUGGAUCAAGGAAUGUCUCGAUUGUCACAACAAGUUCAGGGCGAACCACGGUGUGCCAGCCCUGGAAUGGAGCCACGAGUGCUAUGAGUUUGCCUUGCUGCAGGCAGAGACGUGCCAGGCCAAUGGAAAGAUUUCUCACGGGAACCAGCAAGGCCCAUCUGGCUUCCAUGGACAGAACACCUACGGCUGUUCUGAGCCAGAUCCCGCGUGCAAUGCGGUGCAGGCGUGGUACAAUGAGAUCAAGGAUCCUGGUUAUGAUUUCGAAAGCCCUGGUCCCAAACCUGGUGUGCACCACUUCACACAAGUGGUGUGGAAAGGCACAACAAAGGUCGGCAUGGCCAAGUCCAAAGACGGCUGCUUCAUGGUGGCCAACUACUUCCCAGGUGGCAACGUCACCAAUGAAGGUUACUACAAGGAGAACAUUCCGUCUCCAAAGGCCGAUAUGUGGGCCAAGCUCAUGGCGGUUGAGGUCGUUGAGAGCAAAUCCAAGCCACAGGUGGUGGAUGCCAAUUUCGAUGCGACUGCAGAAUGCUCCAAGUCAGCGGUAACAGCAACAUCGAUGACACCAGAGAUGGAAGCAGCUCUCAAAGGGUGCCCUUUCAAGGAUUAUCUUGAAGAUGUCAAGAAGGCCUUUGACAAGAAGGGUAAAGUCACUGUCGAUCGGCAAGGUAAUGAUGUAAAGAUCGUGAUUGAAGUCGGCGAUGUGAUCAAUGAGCUGAACGGCUCCUGGUGA